GUUCUCACUGCGGCAUACUUUCAUACUUUUUAACUUGUGUUGAAUUUUUUUGUAAAAACUAAAGGCGUAGGCUGAUAUAUUUGUCAGAGAUGGGACGGCAACUCUUGGCAGUCUUUCUGGCAUUGCUGGGAUUCCUGGGUACCAUCCUGAUAGCUGCUCUGCCGAUGUGGAAGAUGUCGGCCUUCGUGGGAGCCAACAUUGUGACUGCACAGAUUAUAUGGGAAGGCUUGUGGAUGGCCUGCGUGCUCCAGAGCACUGGACACUUGCAGUGCAAGGCAUAUGACUCUAUGUUGGCUCUACCUCAAUACGUCCAGGGCACUAGGGCCUUGAUCUGCUUCUCCCUUGCUACUGCCGUUGUCGCCAUUGGCUUAAUGGUUGUCGGUGCCACAUGUACCAACUUCUUUCGUGAUGAAUUGAAUAAGAAAGCCCGGAUUGGUAUUGUAGCUGGGGUGGUCUACAUCAUUGCAGGGAUCCUGUGUUUGAUCGCUGUUAGCUGGUCAGCAUAUAUCAUCAUCCAGAGCUUCUACAAUCCUCAGAUCAUCGCAGCAGGAAAGGGAGAGUUGGCGGCCUGCAUCUAUAUUGGAUGGGUAGCUGGAUUCCUCCUAGUUUUGGGUGGUGGACUAUUUAUCAGCACAUACACCAACAGCUGCUGAGCUUUUGGAACAGACACAUUUCAAAUUUAACUCCAUGAAGAAUGAAAGAACUUUCAUUUCACAGACUAGUUUAACAAAAGUUCUGAUAAAUCUAAAGCCUUAAUCAAAAGAAUUUAGUGUUUUACCUGUUUAUAGAAAUCUAUCACCACGAACUGAACCAACUAAUAUAAUAAUGGACACAUACUAAGACUUUACCUUCUAUACUAUACAAUGAUUCAUGUUUAUAAUGCACUUUUUCCUGGUGGUUAAUGUAAGGCAGGGCAAAUUCUAAAACUUUAUAAAGACAUUUCAGCUGGUUUAAUUUCAGAUUAAAUGACAAAAAAGCUCUACAUAGAAGCCUUUUUGUUAGUGAAACACUCUUUAAGGAUUCCCACAGGGGGACAACUGAAGAACCAAGUUCUCCAUUUGGGGUUUACAUUUUUUCUAUGAAUGCAUGUCUUUUAAUGUGGAGUAUAAUUACAAAUUGAGUUAACAAGUUUUAAUAACACUUUGUGAUAUUUAAUAAAUUCUCAUCACAUUUUUACACUUAAAA